AUGGCGGACGAAAGUUGUCGCUUAGCGUUGGUUUUACUUUGUGGAAUUCCAGCAUCUGGAAAGUCUACUCUUGCGUCAAAACUACAGGAUUAUGUGAAAAAAACAAGAGGGAAUACAAUUCACGUUAUACACGUUUGUUAUGAUGAUUUCAUUCCUUUUGGUUUGGAAUUGAACGAAGGCGCCGUGUAUGUAUCGCGAAAUUAUGACUUAGUUCAUGAAAACAGCAGUGAACAAGAAAGUAAUACUCCGUUAUUUGAUGGUGCUAAUGGCUUUUCAAAGUAUUCUUUAUGGAAGAAGUACAGAAAGCUCGUACUUGAAACAGUGGACCGGGCUUUAAACAUGAUAGAAAAUCAGCACGAAAAUGCGUUUAUAGAUGAUCAAAUGGUAGAAGGUUUUCCCUCUGUUGAUGAGUUUUGGAGCAUCUUGCAAAAAAGCCAGAAAAUAAACUGCUCUUGUUUCAUUUCAACUGACUUCAGGUAAGAGUGAUUGUGAGGGUCCUCUUUCAUGGUUGGUUUUCAGCUAUUUUCACGGCGGCCGUGCGCUGGUAGACAAAAACAAGAGCGUUUUUCGGGUGUCUAGAAAACGACGACCUAGAAAACGAAGACCUACGACCUAGAAAACGACGACCUAGAAAACGACGACCUAGAAAACAACGACCUAGAAAACGACGACCUAGAAAACGACGACCUAGAAAACAACGACCUAGAAAACGACGACCUAGAAAACAACGACCUAGAAAAGCGGCGACCUAGAAAGCGGCGACCUAGAAAACAACGACCUAGAAAACGACGACCUAGAAAACGACGACCUAAAAAAAAAAAACCGCGGGGAUUGGGGGGCGCUUAAUAGAAGUGUGAGAAAUGCCCCAUCCCGGACAAAACCAAAAUAGCAUAUUCAUAGCAAAUCUCAGUGUAAUCUUAUCAAACGUGCCAAACAACCACGCAAAUCGCACAUAGCCGCUAGUUACCGGGGCUGGUUGUAAGUAAUGCUAAGGUCAAAAGGUCUAAUUUGCACGUGCAGCACACUUUUUGCACAUCGAAAUGCGUGCAGGCGAUUCUCUCAGAACCAAAUUUUCUUGGAUGCAUUUUGGGCACUUUCCAUUCACCCAAAACUUAAGAAACUUUGGAAACAGCGGCAAUUGGUACAGUAUUUUCCCAGAAAAGUUCCUAGACUUCCGGAAACGUUUCGAAAUGCGAACCAUUCAACCAGAAAUUUUAGACAUUCGGGAGCAAAUUUGAAUGCGGAAAGAAAACUUCCGAUGAUAAUUUUCGAAAAUUUGCGUAUAUAUUGCGAAAAUGCUGUUCCAUACGGUACUGCAUGGAAGUUGCCGAAAAUUUAAACCAGACGUUUUGAUUGAAAUGGAAUGGCGCCCAUGCAAAGGUAACCAAAUUUGUUACCAAUUGUGCUCCCUUUUUGCGCGAGCGUGAGAGCUCCACUGAAAAAGUUUCUCAAGUCAAAUUUUCCUUUAGUAUGGUCAAUGAAGUCAUGAUUCAACCUGACUGACUACUGGAAGCAAAAGCUUUGCUUUGACCUUUUUAUUAUCCUGAUAUCAAUUUAAACAAAUUUCCAGCAAAUCUAAAUGACCUAAAUAAUAUACACUGCUUCACUGGUGCGUCGUUUAUAGCGGUAAGUUCAAGCCCACAUAAAUCAAACAGGAAAUAAAUCAGGCGUGCCGUUUUUUUUUUGUGUUCACAGCUCAAUACCGUAAACAAACAGUUUAUAUUUUCAAAAUAAAGAAAGAAGGGCUUCAACAUUUUCCAGCACCUUUCCAUACAUGAAACGGCAGCAUACGGUAACGAGAAUUGUGAAAUAUUAUGUGGGACACAAUGAAGGUUGACAGGUUGACAUGUCAUCAGAUUUGAACUGUAUUUAAACUGUAAGAUUUGAAUCGUAUCAUCCUAGGAGUUUCUCUUUCCUCACAGGUCCGAUAGCGUGGUAUAUAUGCAGUGAGAUCUCCGGUAGAACUUUUGAAUUGUUCAGAAAUAACUUAUUACAUCAUGUGAAAUAGAGACAACGCCGCAGAGCAAAAUUAAAAAUUUCACUUCGGUUCAUCUUUAAUCAGUCUUCCAUCACUUUCACGCAAUGCACAAUGCAAUGUCCAAGACAAAACAAUAGCUCCUGCGACGACACUAGGCACUCUGUAACUGCUGUUUAAAAAUGCGAGAGACGGUUUUAUAAACCGAGUUAUGAAAAUAACGCAAGAACAAUAGAUGUAGGUAUCUCGCGGGGUACAUGUAACGAAGGUUUACGUUAAUGAAUAAAUCAAUGGAGCUUUUCCGCCUAAACGUGAAAAUUUCCCAAAUUUUGACUUUUAGAAAUACUUCGUUCCCCAAACCUCUUUUUAUUAACACACUCCGGGAUCGCUCAUGAAACUAACCCGAUAUACUUCUAAUAAGUAAACACCAAGAGAGGUUAUCCUCUCUUGGUAAACACUUUAUGUCCACCACCCCAGCCAGUUCUAGAGGGGGAGGGAGUUUCCUUAGGAACUGGUUAGCUCAAAUGACCACCAAGCUUUAAUAAUUAUUCGAUCUAAAAGAAAUACAUUUAUAAUUCGCAAUCAGAACAAACACAAAUCGUCUUAAUCUAGUAGCUAAAAUCAGAAAACUUCUCGUUUUUUCUUCGUCGUUUUUGGAGGGGGACCAUCUAUAUAAAGGACCAAAUAAAGGAAAAGAAGUAGGUGCGCCAGCAAAAUGACGAGUUCAAUGUGAUGAAAAAAUAAUGUCAUAUGUUCGACAACAAAGAAUGAAAAAAGUGCAAAUAGACUGUACUGGUCAUUUCUGGAUGCAUCUUUCAGCUAUGAAAAAUGAAUAUUGCUGUCGAGACAUUUUUUUAGUAAUGUUUUGGAUUUUAGCCAGUUUACCGCAGAUUCAAGUGAGAAUAAUACAGAAAGUAGUUAAAAGAAUUAAUGUUUUUACUCGUUCUACAUUCUACAUUUGGCAUAUACAUUUGUCAUGUUAUUGCAUAAACUCAUCAUUUUGCUCGGGCAUUCAGUUAUUUUUCCUCUGUAAAGCAUCAGUCCCCUAAAAUUAACGAAAGCUGUUUCCCCCUGCUAUGAAGUAAGCUAGCUCUUUUUUCAUGCAGUUUCUGCGAAAAAAGAUUAUUGUUUCAUCUACAAACAUAGUCACCAAGUGUCAUUUGACUGAAAAUCAGAAGUACACUUCAUGAGGUGGAUGGAGCUGGGUGAAGGGAUGGGGGAAUAGGGCGGAGAGGAGGUGGGGGGGGUGUUGGUGGAGGAUAUUUUGCAAUAGAGCAUUUCAUGGUUCCAAAACGCUUUACUUUCAAUUAGUCUAAGUGAAAAAUGUUCUUUUGAAAAACAACUUCUGUUUACAUGAGGAUAAUUAUUGUUUAAAACAAUAAUAAUUGUUUUCAAUUAAGAAAGACAUUGCACCUUCCCUCAUUUUGAGAGAGAAGCUUGGGAAAAGUCAGAAAUUAACUUUUGAACUUGUGCAAGAAACAAAUUUGACCGUUUUAAGAUUGAAAACCUUUACCUUGCUCAACACUCAGGUUACACCCACAGCUCUGUGGUAAGAGCAUUCCAACCAGUAAUAAAUCCAUUCCAACCACUAAUAAAUCAUGGUCAUUAGUGUUUGGUUUAGAAAUUUAUAUUUACACACCAUAUCAUAUUUAUUUUACAGUUGGAAUGGUACUCAUGUGAUAUUACUGGAUGACAACUUUUAUUACCACAGUAUGCGGUAUGAAUAUGUUCAGCUGGCAAGGAAAUGUAAGUAGUUUUUUUUACUAACCAAAUACCAAUAAACUAUUCACAACACUCACAAUGAUGAUAUGCAAAGUUGAAAUACACCUAAUUACAGUGUAACCCCACCUUACAGGCACUUCGUUAAUACGGUCACCUCUUCAUUAUGGCCACUUUUUUUGGCCAUGCGGUAAUACUACUGACAGUUUGACUAUGCUAACUGCUGAGGGUAAACAAAGGUGAUUUAUUAUUUUGUUAUUGUUAUUCCAGUAUUUUAUUAAUAAGCCAGUUUGUUUUAAGGAAGACAGUGCUGGGUUUGCAGAAGUUUUCUUGGAAUGUCCACUAGAAAUUGCCAUGCAGCGAAACAGCUCAAGAAGCCAUCCUGUGUCCUCACAAACCAUGAUGACCAUGUCCAGUAAAAUGGAACCUCCAGAUCCUGAAAAGUUUCCCUGGGAACAGCAUUACCUUACUUUGAAAACUGAAGAAGAACUUAAUGCUGAAACAAUGUAUGUUAGUAACAGUAAGAUUGAUUGAACAGUCAGGAUCACUUGAGAACUUCCAUGACUUGAGCUUAGUGUAAUGAAAGGAAAAGAUAUUACAUUUAAAUACACUGUAAAUGUAACUUUGUUACUGCAAUUAUCUUUUUGUUUACUGGCUGAUUCAUUGUAGCUGAGUCUGUGAGAAGUAUAUUCAGUAUUUCUCUGAGGAUGAGAAAGGACUUGGAUCCAGAAAGAUAAUAAUGACUGGUCCAUUUACAAAAACACUGAACAACCUUUUUUUGAGUGAAUACUCCACCUUGAGUCAUUCUUGACGUUAAUUCAUACUGUGGGUACAUGAGAAAAUUCUUCCUACAUGUAUCCUAAUAAGCUGUUUGGCUUUUUUCUUUACCAUUGUCUAAAAUACAGUCAAUACGGACACUGAGUGGGCCAUAGAAAGUUUCUGUAUUGAUGGAGAGUUUCCGUAUUGACAGGGUGUCUGUAUUAAGCAGGUUGAAUUUAGAGAAAAUGUAAGGGCUAGGGGGCCAAGAAGCAACUAUGGCUGACAGAAUCAGGAUGUUUUGAAUACUCUUACUAGAAAAUAGGAGCCAAAAUAACAUUUUUCUUUUGCAGUAAAAUAAUUAACCUCUCAUUGAAUGGUUUGGCAUAUAAUACACACAAACAUUUUGCUCGUUGCCAACGUCAUUCUCGCAGAUGGAAUCAGGAUGUUUCUGAAUACUCUUUCCAAAAAACAGAAGCAAAUUGCCAAAUAACAACUUUUUUUGUAGUGAAUAUAUAAUAAACCUCUUAUUCAAUGGUUAAUACGAGCAUACAUUGUGCUCAUUGCUCGUAUUUUUUCUCACCCCUGUGGGGCUCGGAAAAAUACUACGCAACUCACAAAAUAUCGAGACGUAUUAUAUGCUAAACCAUCAAAUAAAGUUUAUAUAUUUCUAUACUAGGGAAUAUGUUAUUCAGCUUGUCUUAAAAGCUAUGAAGAGCCCCUUUAUACGGGCUGUGGAAGAAGACUCUGAAGAGAAGGUCAGUUCAGUGAAACCUCGAUAUAAUGAAGAGCCAAGGGAUUGGCAAAAUAUGUUCUAGAUAACGAGAUUUCAUUAUAUCGAGGUUAUUUUCAAUAUAUUUUACUAUUACUGGGGUAAGAAAAUCGUUCGUUUUACCGAGGACUUUGUUAUAAUAUACAUGUAUAGAGGUUUGUUAUAUCGAGGUUCCACUGUUAUUGGUUAAGCCCCCACUAGCUAUUUUAACCUAUUUCACGGUUGAACUGCCCAUAAAAAUCAAUGACAGUGGAACCACAGCUUUUCUACCAGUGACCCUUUUGCCACCAGAAAUACUGCUAAGAACUGGAAGAGGACUAAGUAAACCUUUGCCAAGCUCCCACAGGGAUGGUUAUGUUCUUUAAAUUAAGGCCAUUUCUAGUCUCCCUCGCAGCCGUUUUUGUCUUGUCACACAACGCUUCUCCUCAGGAGCAUUGCGUGAUGAGACAAAAAUGGCUGCGAGGGAGAUUAGGCCAUUUCUGAGUUGUCUCAAUCCUCUGUUUUAAAGUGAGACCAUGUGCAAAGCCAUUGAUGUGAAAAUGAUUUUUUAUUCUCAUGCAAAUAAAAUUGAUUUUCACAAGAAAGUUUUUGCUCUUGGCCUACUUUUGAAAGUGAGAGCUUUCGGAACAUAUUACCCGGAAAUGGCCUUUUGAGCACUGUUCAGUCUUAAUUUAGCAGUAAUUUAUUGUCAUUUUUACUUUAGAUAAUUAUUAAUUUUAUUCAAAAUUAUUUGACAGGAGAAGUCAAGAAUGGCCUGCAUAACAAGCAUCAUUUAUCAAACUGAUCAAGUUCUUAGGAAAUAUAUUACUAAGGCCAUCACAGAGGCAAAAGGUUAGUUCUCGUGAUUCAAGAUAGCAGUAACAUUAUCUUCUGCCAAGAACUGUCAGCUGUGUCGAGUAACUAUUAACAUUAAUGAACAUACUAAAUAAUCUUCUCCCAGUAUGGGACUUUUCAGGGGUAAUGAAACAAAUAAUUCAAAUGCAACAUAUCAACAAGGUUAAAAAUCCUAACUAGUAAGAGAUGAUCCAGUUGGUUAUUUUAUAAAUGUGGCUGAGGAUCUGAACACAGGCAAAAAAGACAACAAAGAACGCGGGGUCUCCAGAUUACAAGUCCAGUACUCUAACCACUUGGCCAUGCUGCCUUCUUGAUUGAGGUUCAGGGUUCAGAAAUAUUUCACACCAUUGAUUUACAUUUCAAACUGACAAAAUGUAAUUACACAAAACAUUGUCCAUGAGUUCAGCUGCACCCACCCCUCCCACCACCACCACUCCCCAACCCUCUUUCCUUAUUUUUAUUUUAUUUUAUUUUUCUCUCCCCCACCUAACGUUUGCACGUUGCUCCAACAGAAUUGCUUGCUUCACAGAUUAGCUCUCUUAUGUUUAUCAUUUUAUCAGUUUUGUCAUUGUUUUUUCACCACUUUAAUCUUUUUGUCAGUUUCACUGUUUUUGUCUUGUUUCCCUCCAUUCAAAGGUAACGGGAAAGGGAGAAAAGAGCUUCAACUACUGGCAAGCCAAUUGAACAAGGACAAAAAGACAUUUUUGGAAAGUUUACACAAAAUCAAGAGCGAGAAGGAUUGUAUUAGAAAAGUACAGAGGGAGAGGCCUCCUGUUGGCAGCUGCCUCGUGGAGUACACCGAGUCUACAGUACAUAAGACUUCUGCGAGAAAAAGCUUAACAAGUGAUGUUCAAAAAGAAAGAACAGUAGUUACAAGUGCGGAGUACUCAUUUACUAGAUACGCGAGUAUUAAUCCAACGAAAGAUUCAAACAAAGAAAUGAGAGAUGGCUAUAGUGAAGUUGGAACCUCUAGAGAACAUCUCUGUCUUCAGUGUUUUCCAAAUGUUGAGGACAAAGAAGACUUUAGGCUGUUUGUGGAAGGUCUUUUCAGACAAAAGUUUGAGGCAAAAUAG